AUGAGACGACCGGAAUAUCCCAGCUGGACGCCACUUGGCUGGGCCGGUAGUGUCAAAUUUGCAGAUGUUCUCCACCAACUUGAUCUGUCAGUAAAGGAUGCUGACAACCUAAGUAAUCCGCUUCUGAAUUGGUCUGAGGGUGAGCAUCGCGUAAGGGACUUCCAACAUAUACAAAUUACCGUCAAAGUCCACCCGUUUCCGGUGGUUAACAUAACGCGUUCAAAACUCGUUCAGACGUGGGAUUGGGGCCCUUCCGAGCGCGAAAGAUCAUUCCUGGUACUCACUAUCGGCACCGCGUUGGGAAAUGGCGGUGACGUCAAGCUUUACAUGCACAUACACUGGGACGUCGACCUCGGCGAAGACUACGACAGCAGCCAGAUAACAUGUGCGGUCACUCACGACCAGAAUCUCAGAUACCUGUCGAUAAUGGUACUGCGAGACCUCGGAACUCACUACGAACGUAUAGGAAUCGCGUUGGCCAAUCCUGAGCCUGGGGACACGGGCAUCAUCCAGGCGGUAGGAUUAGACGAGCUGAUCGGCCCUGCUACCGGAAUUCAGACCUUGAGUGCUGGUGACACCCCAAAUGUCUACUGGCGAGAAUUGAAAGAAGAGUUCAUCAACGCCAUCCCUCACACCAAAUUCCCCAUCAAACCAUUCCUACCGGCUUUGCAGAUCGACUUUACGACUACAACUCCAGCGCACAUGGCGGUCAGACGGCGCAACAAGUACCGGUAUGGACUGGGUCGCGACUUCGUCAACGUUGUCAUUUAA